AUGCUGGUCCACGCCGGCAUCAAAAACAAACCCCUUUUGGCCCAGAAGCCUCAUGGACUCGACAAACUCCUCCGUCAACCCCGACCCGGCCGGCUUGUCCUGCAGCAGGUACUCCUCGACCUUUGCCGCACCAAGGUUCAUGGGUGCCCAGGGGACUAUUCCCAGACACAGCGGCGCAUCCUCUGGGCUGUGGCCCUCGCCGUCCCGAGGCUUGCCGUCAGCGAUGCGAGCCAGCCACUCGACCUCCAUCAACGGGAAUUUCCAGUCCCGGCCUUCAUCGUUGAGCCGGUCCGUCUCGAGAAAGACGAAGCCCUUCAGGUUGGAGGGGGAGCCGGUCGCUGCGCGGUACUCGGCCAGCGAGUGGCGCUUGCCGAGCGGGUUGUCCGGCGUGUACCACUUGAAGGUUUCGAGCUCGGCAUCUGGGUAGAGGUGGAUGUGGGAAUCCACGGUGGGAAAGUCUGA